AUGGACCGGCUAUGGAACCUCGCCUUCCGCUACUUUCUCGACGUUGCUCGCGACGUUGUGCGCUCCCAUGUCGCCUUCAUUCCCGGUCUGUCCCUUUACAUCAAUGUCGACACCAUUUUCGAUUCGCUGGGCCAGGUCGCCGCAGACCAUGCGGAUGAAGCCCGCGAGAUCAUUCAGGGGGCAUACGGAGAGAUUCAGAGGAUUCUGGAUGAGAGUAAAAGGAAGAGCGGAAAUUUGGAGGAUGUGAGGCCGGAUGUGAAAGUCGAGCUGUUGAUUGUUUUUCGGAAGAGAACGGCGGAGUUGUAUGAGCUGGGCAAGAAGGUGGGUGGGAAUGCGGUGCAUGAGGUCUUGGAGAAGAAUACGCAGGCCAUGAAGGAUUUGGGUAGUGGGUAUGAGCAGUUGAAGACGUUAAUGGGGAGUGGGGGAGCGGAGGUGAAGAAGGCAUUAGAUAAAGCAUCGACUCAGAAUAAGGUGCGACCCACCUUUUGUAUUCGUCCCUUUUAUUACUUUGAGGGUGUUUGA